AUGGAGAACUGGACAGAGGUGCCUGAAUUCAUUCUCCUAGGCCUAACAAAUGACCACAGUCAGCAACGCAUUCUCUUCACAGUUUUCCUACUGAUGUACCAGGCCUGCUUGCUGGGAAAUGGGGCCAUCUUGAUAGUUGCCCUCAUUGAGCCACGGCUCCACACUCCCAUGUAUUUUUUCCUAGGGCAUCUAUCAUUUUUGGAUAUAUGUUGCUCCACAGUGACUGUGCCAAAAAUGUUGAAUGGGUUUGUAACAGGGCAACAAACAAUUUCCUUUAUUGGCUGCCUCACUCAGCUUCAUUUCUUUCACUUCUUAGGUAGCAGUGAGGGUAUGCUACUGGGUGUCAUGGCAUUUGACCGUUAUGUAGCUAUCUGUAAUCCUUUGCGUUAUACCAUUAUCAUGAACAAAUGGACUUGUGUUAUGCUAGCUGGGGCCACUUGGGCCACUGGCUUCUUUCAUGCCCUGAUGCACACAAUUGUGACUUCUCAGCUAUGGUUUUGUGGCCCUAAUGUUAUCCAGCACUUUUUUUGUGACAUCAAACCUCUCCUCAUGUUGGCUUGCAGCAGCACACUCCUAAACCUCACACUUCUUAAUGUUGUCACUAGUGGUAUUGCUCUGGCUUCCUUCUUCCUUACUCUCUUGUCCUACCUUUACAUUAUCUCAUUCCUCUUUUUUAAAACUGGGUCAUGGCAAAUCCGUUGGAAAGCUUUCUCCACCUGUGCUUCCCACCUGACAGUUGUGGCUCUUCUGUACAUCCCUGUUAUUUUCAACUACAUGCUUAGAUCUGCUGCUGAAUCUUCUGAAAGGGAGAUGAGCAUCACUCUAUUGUAUAGUGUUUUCACUCCAGUUUUAAACCCGUUGAUCUACACUUUGAGGAAUCAAGAGGUCAAAUCUGCUCUAAGGAAGAUCCUAUGCAGGAAAGCUCCUUCUGGAGGGACAUAA